AAACCGCCUCGGGUUAUCCGCCCCGAUAUUAUAGUUAAAUUCGUUUCCUUUCUCUAAGAUUUUCUUCUUCGUUUCUCUUUCAACUGUUGAUCACUGAACGGUUGAUGGUGUUACAGAACCCUUCAUCUACAGCUUCGUUGUUAUUAGCCACCACAACGAGGCUUUUCAUGGCAUCCUCAGCUUUGGACUACACUUUGCUGGUUCUAUGUGGAAAAUCACUGGCAGAGAAUGAAACUGCUAUAGCAAUUAAGGCUAAUAACACUCUCAAGCUCCCUGAUAAGGGAAAACUAUCCAUUAUUUUGCAUUCAGAAUUCAAUAAAAGUGUUAUGCAAAUGCAACAAAAGUCCUUCCAAUUUAGUUCCUUUGUGAAUUCUCUUUCCACUAAUCAAUUUGGCAGGUUUCUCAUAUGGUCUCCAGAGUUAUCUUCAACACACGAUGUCGUGUCACACAACUUUUGUGAGCUUCCGAUUGGGACAGUAUGUGUUGCUGAUAUUCAGAACAAAGGACGAGGUCGGUCAAAGAAUGUCUGGGAGUCCCCGUUAGGUUGCCUCAUGUUUUCUUUUACUCUGCAAAUGGAGGAUGGACGGGUCGUUCCUUUAGUUCAGUAUGUGGUUUCCCUGGCUAUCACAGAGGCAAUCAAAGAUAUCUGCGACACAAAUGGAUUACCAUGCAUUGAUGUCAAAAUCAAGUGGCCAAAUGAUCUAUACUUAAAUGGAUUUAAAGUUGGAGGCAUUCUUUGCACCUCAACAUAUAAAUCAAAGAAGUUCAACAUUAGUGCAGGAAUAGGAUUGAAUGUCAAUAAUGAGAAACCAACAACAUCCUUGAAUUCAGUUCUAAGAGAAUUGUCCGUGGGAGCUUACCAAUUUCAAAGAGAAGAUGUUUUGGCAGCCUUUUUUAACAAAUUUGAGAAGUUUUUUGAUCUAUUUGUGAAUCAAGGAUUUCAAACCCUAGAAGAACUAUAUUACAAGACAUGGUUGCACAGUGGGCAGAGAGUUGUUGUACAGGAAAAGAACGAGGACAAAGUCGUUGAACAUGUGGUAACUAUUCAGGGUUUAACGUCCUCAGGAUACUUGUUGGCCGUCGGUGAUGACAAUCAAAUGUGUGAGCUCCACCCUGAUGGUAAUAGCUUUGACUUUCUCAAAGGAUUGGUCAGAAGGAAGCUUGAGUGAGAAAGAUUCCAUGGCUCAUGUGACAAGAGGCAACAUAUAUGUACUUUUCUAUAAUUUAUUACUAAAGGAUUAGCUUUAUAGCAUUUUUAAAAAUAAAUCUAAUGUUUCAUUUCAUUUAUAUUUUUUGUGAUUAGAAUAAUUAUGCAGUUGCAACUGAAUUAAAUUAUUAUUAUUUUCUCUGAUUAGGACCAAGCUCAUGAUUGCUUUAGUUAAUCAUUUGUAAGGAGUUUGGUGGUCCUUUUUCGCCAGCUAUAAAAUGAUUUGAAAAUUAAAAUGUUUCUUUCUAUAUGAUUCA